AUGCAUUCUCUUCUGCUCCUCCUCCCCCUGCUCGGCCUCACCCAAGCAGCAGACCCGCGUCUCUGCUCCAAAAACGGCCCCCUAUCCGGCUCAGACUUCACCCUGCAAGAGUCCGCCGACAUCGCGCACUUCGCCCCCCUGGCCGAGAUCUUCACCUCAGCCGGCAAGAACGUCUCCGUCGCGCAGGUCCUCGACUCGGCCAACCGUGCUCUCUCCGCCGGCUCGCCGCCCGUCGGCAACGGCGACCCCAAGGAAGCCUGGGCCUGGAACGACGGCGACUUCGCGACGGCCAAGUGGGUGCCGCAGGGCGUCUCGGGGUCGUGGGACGCGGACGCGUCGGGGAAAUGGGAGGAUCGCGACGUGUGGCUGGUCAGCUGGCACGAUGCGGACGACAAGAACGUGCGCGUCAGCUUCGUCGACCGCGAGAAGAAGAGCUAUCGGCAUGUGUUUCUGGUGGAGCCUAGCGCCGAUGAUGACUUUACGUCCGUGGAUGUGCACGCCGGCGGCAUCGCCUGGUACGGCAGCUUCUUGUAUGUCGUCGACACGACGGGCGGCAUCCGCGUCUUCGACAUGGGCAAUCUCUGGGAGAUGGAUGCGAUUGCCGACGGCGUGGGCAAGGCCAGCGACGGGUCGUAUUCCGCCGCUGGGUAUCGCUACGUGCUUCCUCAAAUCCGAACCUACAAAUGGAUCCCCGGCUCCGACUCUGAAUUCCGCUUCUCGUGGAUCUCGCUCGACCGCAGCGACAACACCCUGCUGGUCGGCGAGUUCGUGCGCGACGCCGCCGCCGACCCCGUCCGCUUCACCAAGUACCCGGUCGACAGCGCGACGGGCAGGCUGAAGACGGACGCGGACGGCGUGUGCGCGGCGACGUUUGCGUACUGCGUCGACUUUGAGCGCGUGCAGGGCGGCUUCUCGUACAACGGCCAGUUCUACGUGUCGCGGAGUAAUGGCAACGUGCCCAAGACCGGAGAUUUGUUUACCUGGAAGCCUGGCAGCGGGUCCAAGUUCCACGAGGGGUGGUUUAUGGCGGGGAAUGAGGAUUUGAGCUAUAAUGAGGUUAGCAAGGAGUGGUAUACGGUGACGGAGUAUGAGGAUGGGAGGUACAUUCUGGCGUAUGAUGUGUGA